UAAAUUAGACUACACUGGGAGACAUUGGUUAAUCUGCUUCAUGUAGUUUUUAGUUUAUUUUUUUUAAUCUGGUAGUUACAGUAAAGUAUUCUAGUACUUCAGAACGGGAUUAGCAAUGUUGGCCAGCUGUGUGGUUUUCAACAUUGUUUUUUUGUCUGUGUGUGUGUGUGUGAGUGAGUGUGUUUUGGUUGUGUGAAGUACUUGCUAUGAAAUGGUGUAUCCUAUGUUUGAAUAAAAUGACAUUUAGAGUUUAGAGAAAUUAACGUUUUAUUAUGAAAAGGUAGUGGUUACCUCUGGAUUGGACUCAAAAGGGCCUGUUUAUCCUGUGCCCUUGUAUUAUACAAUUAGCCUAACCUCCAACUGCAGAGGAGCUUUUGUCCACAAGAUGGUACCCUGUUUUACCCACAUUUCCCCCCAAGCAGACUGAGUGUGAGUGUGAGUGUGAGUGUGACUGCUUGUGAGUGUGACUGCUUGUGAGUGUGAGUGAGUGAGUGUGAGUGCUUGUGAGUGUGAGUGUAUGCUGGUGGGAAAGAGACUGACGUCUGUCACCAAUUAAGAGGCUGUAAUAUGUCUCAUAACCACAUGACCAAACUGCACAGCAUGUGGUAACUUUGAUAACAGGAGAAUUAUCAAUAAAGUUAUGCCAAACCAUAAACCUAAUUAAAAUAGGCUUACCUCAAUAGUGUAUUUUCAUCCACAUGAUUUCAAAAGCCAUCUGUGCUAAACAACAAGCAUUGGGGACUGAUGAAAGUCAGAUCACUGGCAUUAAUUGCGUGGCGGCUGGCAUCUAAAAAAAAGUUUAGACCUCAUGGUACUAAAUGCACUACUACUAAAUGAAUAAAAUAAUACUAAAUUUGAUAUUGAUAAUUAAAAAUGCUUUAAUGGACAUGUGUAAUCUUUAUUUAAGACGAUCGAGAGCACGGGUCUGUUUUUGAAAUGUAUAAAACGUAGUGCAAUUACAAAGAGGAGGAAUAAGUACGGGGAAAUGAGAACGGUGAAAUAGUGUUUGCUUUUCUGAUCUCUCUUAAAGCCUAAAGCCACUGGCCUUAAUGGUGAAUGUUUAAGUAAUGUAUGUCUAUUCAGCAGCGCACACGCGCUGAUGCCAAGCUCUAUCCCGGCUGCUUCAAGCAGGAACGGAACAUCAACAGUAGAAGAAUCUGCUCGGAAGAAAAUAGAAACGGCCUUCGUUGCCAUAGCAGAUGAAGCUACUGUCUGUAGCUGGCAACCUCAUGCUAGUAGUAACGGAGCAAGCUUGAAAGAUAAAUGUGCUUGCUGUAACAGAUGUCUGUACAUAGCUAGCCAGUAAAUCGGCAUGGAAUAAUGACACACCUGUGAACAUCUGUGCCUGCACCAUUCCUGAGGACGACUAGCGGAAUAACCAAACGGUUGCUGCUUUGGAACGAAACGGGCCACUCCAGCCUGCUGGGAUUACAUUAGCUAUAAGCUAACGUUAGCUGUCCUGUCUACCCAGAAGUUAUCCCGGAGCAAGUCUAAAAAUUCUCUGAACGGAAUUCUGUUCGCUAAAGUGGUCAGAACCGUGGACAUUUAGUUGUUAAUGCUGCGCUGGAGAUGCCACACAACGUAGUAACGUGAACGUUUCUGAUCGAAGCGUCCAGCGCAGUGGGAUUGUCGGGGGUGGUAAACAUUAGACAAAACAUUAAGAUAAACUGUUUGACAGAGAAAAAAUGUCAACUUCGAACAGAGCAUACUUUGACUGCCUGAAUCACACAACGUUGGAGAAAUGACUGAGAGAUACCCACUGGCAGAGAAGGCUCUGUCGGAGGGCUAUGCCCGUCUCAGGUACAAGGACACGUCGUUGCUCAUUUGGCAGCAGCAACAGAUGGAGCUGGAGCAGGCGCCCCCCACCAACUACCUCAGCCGGAGCAAGAGCACCUGGUACAGCUCGAACGGCAAUCAGGCCGUCGUGGUACGGGACAAAAACAAAGUCGAAGGGGGCACCGCCGAAUCGGGACGCUCCAAAAUAUGUCUGAUUAUGUAAUCCUAUUUGUCACAUGCAGUAUUCAUUACCAGCGUUAUGGCAGCUGUAAUCUCUCUAUAUCCAGACUAUAGGCGCAUUGAGACGAUUAGUCUGUUUGAGAAGUAUUGCUCUUAAAUUCGAGGCCUUAAAUGUGCUGACUGUAAGAUUUUUUUCAACAGCAGUAUUUUGCUUUUCUUUGAAUGCCAUAGUGAAAUUAAAGUUAGUCAUGACAUUUGUUUGAAAGCCAUCAUAAAGUGUAACGCGACCAGA